AUGGCUGACUUCCAGCAUGAACAUCGACACAACCAGCCAUCAUCACACCACCCCAGACAACACGCUAGACCAUCAGCCAGCUCACUCCAGGUCCUUGCAGCACAUCAAAGCCUACCACAACGUGCUAGUAAGCCUCUGUCCUGCAGCUAUUGCAGAGGGCCACACUGGAAUGAUGAAUGUGAUCGCCAUACAACAAUGGACAGCAGAAAGGCCCGCCUGGCUGAAGAGAAGAGAUGCUUCCGUUGCCUCCGCGUAGGGCACGCAUCCAACAACUGUCUACGCACGAAAGACCGCAAGUGUGUCCACUGUGGUAGGCUUGGCCACAACCGCUCCCUGUGCCCUACUAAGUUUGGCACAAUGACCGAGAAUCGUCCUUACCAAUCCUACAGCACGGCAACAAAUAUCGCCACCCAUAUGGCAAGUGCUACUCAACUUCAUCAGCCGCAGUCGGACAGCGGCUCACUCCACUGCAACAUCUCCGGCAAGAAUGCUCUACUGCAAACUUCUGCUACAGCGGUGAGCGGACCCAAUGGGGUUGCAAUAGUACGUGUCCUUCUCGAUAGUGGUAGUCAACGGUCCUUCAUCAGACGGAGUGUGGCACAGUCUCUCAACAUGCCUGUGGAACAUGGCAAAGUCAUGCGGCUGUCAACUGUCGCUGCAAACAAGCCCACGGAUGUACCGACAGAAGUUGUUUCUGCAAGCAUUGCCAUUGCUAACAACCAACAGGUGAAGAUGUCUCUUCACACUCUACCCAAGGUCACUGACGCAUUUGUCCGCAAUGCGAUUCCAUCGGCUGACAUAUCUUUCCUGCAACUACUGUCAUCUGGGUCCUUGGCCGACGUAGUACCAACGGAAGAUACGCAGGUUUCCAUUGACAUUCUUAUUGGAGCGGACUACUUCUGUGCCGUGUUGCCAUCUGGACUGAACCUGAUCCAAUCUCGCUUCGGCUAUCUCCUCACUACCAGCCAUCUCACCGAGUCCGUGCAACCCUCUCCUCGACCAACAACUGUCCUCAGUGCGGUCUGCAGCCAGAUUCCGGCAUCGAACUAUGUCACGACGACCAAACUGUCAAAAGUCUCAAGGACUUCUGGCUACUCGAGAAUAUCGGCAUGUGGGAUUCUCCCUUCACAAAUGAUGAUGAUGUAG